AUGACGGUAUCAGACCGAGGGCCAACCCAAUGUCAAUCCCCAGCAUCAGAAACAUUUGCGGCCUUGGAGCCUGUGACAGCGAAAACUCUCAAGGACGCCGUCAUCCAGAAACUCGGGCCCUUUACACCAGAAAGUGCUGUCUCAGCAUAUCGCCGUGCAGUCGAGCCGUGGUUUCCAGUGAUAUCUGAACUGGGAAGUCGAGUUCCCGCGACAUGUGACGAGACUUCUCUGGAUGUAGCCUUGCUCUGCCUGUCCAUUCUACUCUUCACAACGAGUCCCUCCUCGACUACAAUGAAUGACGAUAUCACCUCUGGACUGGAAAUCCUUUAUCUUCAAACGAAGAGUAGCCUUGCCUUCGCUGAAGGACUUGGGUUGAAUUCCGUUCAAAUCGUUCAGUCGAGGAUUUUGCUAACGCUUUUCGAAGCGAGCCAUGGCUUCUACCCAGCCGCUUACAUAUCUAUCGGAGCCACACUGAGAGCCGCAGAUGCACUUGAAGUACACCCCAUUGAAGACGCCGUGCAGCCUUACUGUUCAAAUGAAGCAAUCACUUAUGAGGAAACAGUUCUGAUGUGGUGUGGAAUUCUGGUCCUGGAUAGGUGA